AUGCUGGCGAGCCAGAAGGCGUACCAGCUGCUGUCGCAGACGCUGCUGCAGUGCAUUGACACGACGCUCCAUGCGCUCUGGCAGCCGCUUUAUGCGCAGGUGCGCGUUCCGGUGAGCGCGCCGACGCUCCAGGCGGUGGUGCACUCGACGGUCGCCGUGCAGUGGCUCGGCGCGUGGCUCUCGCUGAGCGCCGCGCCGACCGCGAUCCCGAUCCCCGAGGCGCCCGUGUCGCUCUCAGCGCACGUUGAAGAUCUGGCGCAGCUUGCGGCGGACGUCGUGACGACCGGCGCGGCGGCGAACCGUGUCGAGCUGUUUCUCACCGCGCCGGUGCAGCUCGGUAUCGACAGCGCGACGGACGCGGGUCACGUCCAGCGAUUUUUGAUCGGCGAGGGGCCGCACGAUAUGAGCCUGCCAUGGUUUCCGUCGGCGUACUAUGGCGUGGCGACACACACCAUCCUCGUGCACGUCCUCUCGUGGCUAGUGCAUCUCUCCGCACAAGAUUCGCGUGUGAUUGUCUUGCCAGUGACCUAUGCAAACUCGAGCGACGCACGCAUCGACUUCUUCUUCGACUCGACCAUGCCCCCGGACAUGACCGCGUGGCCCAGCUGGCUGGGGCCGCAGGCGGAUCUCCAGCAUGUGCUCGACGAGCUCGGCAUGAUGGCGACUCAGGGUCUCUUGCGGAAAGAGGACCUCGACGCGCUGCCGCUCCUUGCGCCGCUCAAGGGCGCGACGCACGCAACCUACCUGCGCAUCUCGCUGCGCCGCCCGCGGUCCAUCGACUUGAUCUCCAGCGUGCCCGCGAGCGUCGCGGACGGCGCGCCGUCGCUCGUGCGCCUCGUGCACGGCCUGCCGCUGGAAACAAUGCGCGCGCACCUCACACACCGCCGCGUCCUCCUCUUGGGCUCGCAGCGGGGCGGCGAGGCGCUCCUGCCCCAGCUCCAGUCCUACCUCUUGGAGCUGGGAUGCGACGCCGAGUACGCGCCGAAUACGCCGCCGUCCAAGGCGCUGAGCAAGGUCGAAGACGUGCUGUCGCCCGAGCGGCUCGGUGGGGGCAAGUCCGAUGGCGUCAUCACCCCCGAGGGCUCAUCGACCGCGACGUCUGCCGAAGCGACGCCGGCCGAGGAGAUACCGAGCAUGCUGGAUGCGGCGGGGCGGACGUACGAUCUCGUGAUCCUGCACGACAAUGCGCCGAUGCUGCAUGCGCUGCUCAGUACAAGCAUCACGGUGCCGAUCAUCUACUUUGCCACGCCGAUGAAGCUCGAGCGCCUCGCUGCCGAGGCAUUCGGCGCACACGUCGUCUUUCUUCCCGAGCCCGUCGGGCAUAUCCGCCUUAUGUGGGCACUCUUUACCGCGUGGUUUGCCUACGACGCCACGACGUCGACCUACCUGAGCCGCGACGGCGUGGUGCUGCCUGCGAGCGCGCGCCCGCCACAGGGCUACGGCCACGCGGUGUCGCGCUCCUCGUCGAUGAUGGACUCGAACGUCUCGACACCCGGUUCCACCUCGUCGCAGGAAGUGCUGCAGCGCCCGGGCAACUCACGCGAAUCAUCCAGCUCCUCGUUCUCGCACCUGCUCACGAACGACUCGAACGACGAGCUGUCAAUCGACCAGCUGCACAUUUCCUCGCCCUUUUCCGCGCCUGUUCCGCAGCGCGCCGAAACAGACGAGAGCCACUCGGAGCCAAUCUCGCCGCGGACCGUGGUCGAAGACUCGCUGCGGACGCCGGUGCAGCGGCUACAGGAGCCGCCGGACUACUUUACCAAGGCCGUCUCACAGCUCGCGACGCAGCCAAGCAACUCGGGCCUCGUCAUCCGCAGCGCAGACGGCCGCGCGGCCGGCAUCUUUUUCCACCCCCCGACCGAGAGCGAGGCGGACGGCGCACCGGUUGCGAAUGCGCCGCCAUCCAAGCCGGAGCUCGAGCGGAAGUACGACGGCGAGGCCGAGUCGUCCUUUGACCUCGCUGUGCCGCCUGGCGGCCCGGCCAUGUCCUCGCCGUCGCUCGGCUCGGACGCUGCGCCGUCGCCCGGCACCGAGCUGAGCCUGAGCAACACGACGUUUUGUACCGAGCCGGUGGACGCGGUGUUGGGCCGCACGGAUCCCGUGCACGGCGAGCGGCUCUAUCCCAGUGGCCACGUUUUGCAGCCCGUCGGCUUCGAGACGAUCCUCGGCAUCGAUCCCAAGGCCGUGCCGGAAGGGCCCGUGGCCGUCGUCCCCCCCGCCGAGUCGCUGGACAUUUCGCGCACGCUCGCCAUGGAGCGCCCCCCGUCGAUGGAGCGCCCCGGCGCGCCAAAGUCCAUCCAGCUCCCCCCGCCCCCCUCGAUCCCCUCGCAGAAAAAGAGCGAGGUGGUGAAGGGACAGCCGACGCCCUUCUCGCACCUCCCCCCCAAGCUGAAGCGCACCAGCGCCCAGCCCCAGUCUGGUCUGCUAAUCGGCGGCGCGUUUUCUCGCGAGGAGGCGCCAAAGGAGGCGGCGAGCAUGAGCACAACGCCCGGGCGCCACUCGCCGACCCCUUCUAUGCGCACGCAGCGGCGCAAGAUGGCGCUGCGCGACGACUUUUUGCCGCCCGUCAAGGUGCUGAUUGUCGAGGACAAUGUAAUUAACCAGCGUAUCUUGUCCACGUUCCUGCGCAAGCGCCAGAUCAAGUACGACAUCGCCAAGGACGGGCGCGAGGCGAUUGAAAAAUGGAGUCAAGGCGACUUUCACCUAAUUCUGAUGGAUAUCCAGCUACCGGUCCUCGACGGGAUCGAGGCUACGAAAGAGAUCCGGCGUCUGGAGCACGUCGCGCGCGGCAGUCCGACGCAGGAAAAUACCACACCGUCGCUGCCGACGCUUGCGUCGCGGCACUCGGUGAUCAUUGUCGCGCUCACCGCCUCGGUGCUCAACUCGGACCGUGUGGCGGCGCUUGCCGCGGGCUGCAACGACUUUCUGAACAAGCCCGUGAGCCUCCCGUGGCUCCAGCGCAAGAUUCUCGAGUGGGGGAGCAUGCAGUACCUCUUGCACGCCGGCCGCGCGGCGUUCGAACUCCCGCCCUCGCCGGGCGGCCGGCUGAACAGACCCCGCCGCUCGAUCGAUCGCGCCCUCGACGAAAAGGCGCAGCAGGUUGCGGAGAGGCUGCACCUCAGCCCCCCCCUUAUGGCUCGACAGAGCGAUGUAUAG